AUGCUCUUUCACAUUCUAUCUUUAUCUUGCCUUCGAGCAGAUGUGGAUAGCGGAGGAGGUGUUCAUGGACCGAUGGACCACAAGCAUUCGGCCAACCUGAGUCGGAUCCACCGAAAUGGUCAGAAGCUGUUUGGCCGGAAAGGAAGAUGGACGCAGCAGACGGAAAGCCUUAAACAUGGACAAAGGCGUCUUUCGGAGACGGGCAUGUGGGACUCGCAAUCAGAAUGAGCCUAG